AAUGUUCAACCCUGGAAAUCUUGGAAAAUUCCUUCACUUGUUUGGAUCAACUAGAAUUGGAAAAAUUGGUGAUAAACUCUCUCUUCUUAAAGGACAAGGUGAAGCUGGUGGUUUGGUUCGUGUUACUAUGAGUGGACUCGGAAAGAUUGAAAAACUCGAACUUGACGACAAGCUCUCCGGAAAGAGUUUGGAAACAAUUGAAGACCUUGUUGUGAGUGCUUGCAACUCUGCAAAGGAAGAUUUGGAAAGAAAGACCAAUGAAGAAAUGAUGAAUUUGAGAUCUGACCCAGAACUCCUUGCCGUCUUUGCUAGAAUGUUCAACAAGGGACCAAAUGAAACUAAUUAAAUUAUUAUUAACUUUGAAAGUCAUCAUUGUCAUGCUCUCCGAGAUUUUAGGAUAAUUCUCUCUCAUACUCAACAACAACAAUAAUAGUACUCUACUCGUUGUGGAUUUUCUACAUUAAUCAGCAUUAUUAUUCAAAUAAUUAAUUUGGAUGUAAUUUAAUAAAACAACAAAAACUUUAAAA